AGGCUGCGCGCGGGCCACGCGCGGCGGCGACUCGGGCUAGGCAGCCGCGUUGCCCCACUGCCCUUCGGUGCGCGCAGGUCCGCUCCCCUUCCAAAAACUGCGGAGCGGGAGGCGCGGCCGCUAGUUCGAGAGCUCGGCCGGGGCAGCGCAGCCGCCGGCCGCCCCUCACUCCCGGGCGCCACAACCCCGCGCCCUCGCCGCUGCUGCGUCCCGCGAGACCUGUGUGGAGUCCGGGAGUCACUUCGGAUUCCCUUUCAGCGCACGUGGUCCUGGGACACUCCACCCAGGAACCCAGGCGGAACCGCCCAGGGAUUCCUAGCAGCGGGGUUCUGGCCGCAGCACGCGUUGCAGCAGCCUGGCGAGCCUCCUUGCGGCCUCCAAGUGCCGGUGGGGUGCGUGCGCAGGGGGCAGAAAAAUCAUGUCUUCUUCCAGAGUGGGACUCCGUUUGGCUGCCUGUUUACUAAACAUUUCAGAAGCCAGAAGAAAAUACAUUGUUGAGAACAUAGCAAAAGCAGCUCUUCUUGACAAAAAUGGAAAGAAACAUCCUCAAGUGUCAGUGCUCAAUAUAUUUUCUGAUCAAGACUAUAAUAGAUCAGUCAUUACAAUAGCAGCUUCUGUUGAUAAGUUGGGCUUUGCUGAGGAUCUGGUGCGGCAUGUUCCUAGCUGUAGCGUGUUUCUCUUUGGCGAAGCUGACCUGCCUGAGAAGCGUAGUCUUGUCCAGAGAAGGAAGCAGCUGGGUUGGUUCACGAGGAGAGAUUUCAGUGCUCUUUAGCCUGACCUGGGAGCUGCCCCUGCCCGAAGAUGUGGUUUAACAGGUUCUGAGCAUGGUUUUUGCUUUGCUCUGUAUUUUUUUUUUUUUUAAACUUGAGGUCCCCUUUCUGAGUCACACCCUCUUAAUGCAGGAAGAGUUAUAGGAGUGGCUACUUCUUAAAUGGGUGAGGCUCUCCUUUCUGCUGUUACUCUCACCCGGGCCCUGUUAAGCUAACCUGUGAGCCUAGAAGCACCCGUCAGGUAUUUGAUGAGGGCCCCCAGAAGGGAUAUUCAAGAUAUAUCAUUAGCCCUGCAAUGUGAUCACUGAUGAAAAGAAUGCUCAUAGCUCCUGGCACUGGGGCAGGGUCCUGGAGGCCCCUAUCUGUGAAUGGUGUGGGGUGUGCCCUGGGGUGUGAUGGAGACACCUGGGGAGGGAGGACUUAGGGAGAGAUCACUUCUAGCUGGUAGAAAGGUCUUUCAAUACUUAAAUAUCAGUGUAGCCAAGUUGGUACUUACAGCUGGAAAUCAGUUCUAGAGGAACCCUGGAAAACAUCUUUUCUAAAUAACGGACUUCUAGAAUACAGAGACUAAAGACUGGGAAAAGAAACUAUUC